UGUAACCACGAUGUCCAUGGCAUUAUUAUCUGAGACAGUACACAGCAGACACAGGUACUCACAGCAAACACUCAGGUCUCCUUAGAGGAUUCAUCAUGUCAGGUUCACCUGAGAUUGAGGAACUACCAGCAACACAAACAGGGCCCAAAGGUGUGAUCCAUGACUGGAGGAAGUUCAAACUUGAGAGUGAGGACCAUGAAAGCAUCCCUUCAAACAAGAGAGAGCUCCUUAGACAGAUGUCCAACCCCAAAUCCAGCAAUGAUGAGAGCCGGGAAAAACUCAACCGCAAGAUGAGCAUUCAGGAGUACGAAAUGAUCCAAGAAGAGGAUGAAAGGUGUCUGCGUAAGUAUCGCAGGCAGUGCAUGCAGGAGAUGCACGAGCGCCUGAGUUUUGGGCCUAAAUUCGACGCUGUGUUUGAGUUGGAUAGUGGGGAGGCCUUCUUGGAUGUCAUCGAGAAAGAGCACCAUCUGACCCUAGUGAUUGUGCACAUCUAUGACGACGGGAUCACAGGAUGUGAUUCUCUCAACAACUGCUUGACUUGCCUGGCAGCAGAAUAUUCCACCAUCAAAUUCUGCCGAAUCCGAGCCUCCGCCACAGGAGCGGCCGAGCGUUUUUCAGACGACGUUCUGCCCGCCCUGCUGGUGUACAAGGCUGGAGAGCUGCUGGGCAACUUUAUGUGCAUUACCAAGCAUCUGAAUGAGGAGUUCUUCGCUACGGAUGUGGAGAACUUCCUAAAUGAGUACGGCCUGCUGCCAGAGAAAGAUUUUGCAGCCUGUCCCGUUGAGGAAGAGAAUGUCGACGUGGAAUAAUUGAGGAAAUUCAAAGGGAGGAAGUGAAUUACAUUAGUCAACCUGUCAGACUUGUUUCAGAGAUAGAUUGAGUAUGACGCUCUGACUGGGCCAUGACUUCAACAAACACGCACACCUCAAGGCAUUUGCGAACACGUGAUUUAUAGCAUUUAAAUAUGUCAUAGCUUUAUCAAAGGCACACAGUCAUGCAGGGUUACAUUUACAUUACAUUUACAUUUUACAUGUACAUUUAAUCAUUUAGCAGACGCUUUUAUCCAAAGCGACUUACAGAGGAGAACAAUAAAAGCAGUCAGGUCAACAAGAGAUCAACAACAACAGUAUACAAGUGCCAUGACAAGUCUCAGUCUAGUACAGAACGCAAAGCCAGGCUUUUUUUCUUUUUAAUAAAUGGUUCCCACACAUUUUGACUAAUGAGUUUCCGUGACUUUUCCAUGCUCUUUAGUUUGUGAUAUCUGGAUAAGGAUUUUAAAAAAUAUUCAAAUUUAGAUUUACUCACUCAUGAAUCAUUUUGACCUAUCUAUGAAGCAGAUUUGCAGAGCUAUGGUUAAACUCAGGUUUAAGUGAUGACUUGACAUCCUUUCCCAAUCCCGUUCCCCUGCCUCUCCUCAAAACUAUUAUGUGAACCUGGACCACAAAAUCAGUCAUAAGGGUAAAUUUUAAUUUUUAAUUUUAAUCUAAAUAUUGAGAAAAUUGCCUUUAAAGUUGUCAAAAUUAAGUUCUUAGCAAUGCAUAUUACUAUUCAGAAAUUAAGUUUUGAUAUCUUUAUGGUAGGAAAUUUACAAACUAUCUUAAUAUCCUAAUGAUUUUUGGCAUUAAAAGAAAAACUGAUAAUUCUGACCCAUACAGUGUACUGUUGGCUAUUGCUACAAAUAUACCCAUGCAACUUAUGACACAUAUGACUAUUUAAGGCAACGAUGCCCAAGAAAUAUUAUUUUAAAAGUGUGAGGGAAAAUAAGAUUCACACAAAAAUUUUACAUUACAUUAAUAUGGUUUGCAAAGAAGCUGAUGGAAUAUUUAUAGAGGAGAUAAUAUGCACUAUGUUCACAGGUUUGGGGUCAGUAUAUAUAUAUAUUUUUUUCUUUAAUUCAUCACAAAUUCAUUUAAUUGAUCAAAAUUUAUUGAUUGAGCCAUUUAUAAUUUUACAAAAAGAAAAAGGAUAACCUUUUGAAAAGCAUCAUUCCAAGAAUCCUAAAAUUUUUUUUCGAGUUUCCACAAAAAUAUUACGCAACACAACAAUUUCAACAUUGUCAUUAAGAAGUGUUUUGUGAGCACCAAGAAUAUUUCAAUGAUUUCUGAAUGAUCAUGUAAUACUGGAGAAAUGACUGCUGAAAAUAGCUUUGCCAUCACAAAAAUAAACAAGACUUUAAAAAAAUAUUUAAAUAAAAGCUACUUUAAUUUGUUAUUCACUUAAUACGACCGUUUUACUGUAUUUUUGAUCAAAAGAAAUGUCUUUCAGAACAUACUGACCUCAAACAAAAAGUAGUGUACAUUCAUUACAGAAAUGGAAUUGUUUCUGCUGACAUUUUUCAGGUAUAGAAACAGAAUUUUUAAAUCUUAUACAAUUGCCUGGUUUUCUGUGAUUAUGGGAAUUCUCAUUUGCAGAGAAUGAGAGUAGCCUUCUUAUUUAAGCAUGCUUAGGCUUGCAACAUGAAAGUUAAACUGACAAACAGUACUGGUCAUCCUUUGUGUAUUGAGCCGCUAUCUGCUUAAUUAAUAAAAAAUAUGAAAUAAUGUGAUUUAAUUUGGUGUAAUGCUGCACUCCAUGACAGGAUGACUUACUUCAAUAAAACACAAGGAAGUCCAAAGACA